GCCGCUGCCUCUCACGCUCACUGCAGUGGCUCCGGCGGCAGCAGCCUGGGAGCAGCCGGGAGGAGCUAUCACAUGGGACCGGAGCUGCCGGGCAAAGAUGCCUUGACGGGGAAACCGAAGUUCGGAAGAGUCACUGCGUUAGCCAUUCCCAGACCUCGUGUUCUUUCUGCCCCCAACUGCACCUGCCGCUGCGAGGAGACGAGAAAUCAGGAAACGUAUGUGAACGGCCUUAAACCCGGGGCACUGUCCCGGCGCCCAGCAGGACCCUGGGAACGGGCACGGAUCCAGACUCUCGGGAUAAGGCGUCCUAGAGAGGGGAGAAGGGUAUGGACCCCAGAGGAAAGAAGGUGGUGACGCAGGAGCCGGAGGCCAGUCAGCGGGUGGAGUGUUGAGUGGGCGAGGCCCCCCCAUCCCUCCCGUCUGUCUCCUCCGAGGUCAUGGUCACCGAGGCAGACCCUGAGCGACCUCCUGGCGGAGAGAUGAGCUCCUGAGCCUGUUCCCGGCCCGGGCUCCGCACAGCCGCCCGCCUCCCUCCAAGGCUGGCCCCCGGAGCGUGUCUGAGAGACUCCAGCAGGGGGUGCCCUCUCCCGCCACCCCCGCUCACAGCGCUGGGAAGCCGGGGCCUGGGCCGGCCAUCCCAGGGUCACUGGACUAGGAUGGGGGAUGGGCCUGUGACAGGAGGUGCCCUGGGUGUCCUCUUCCGGCCCCAUGGAGUCCUCACCCAUCCCCCAGUCAUCAGGGAACUCUUCCACUCUGGGGAGGGCCCCCCAGCCCCCGGGUCCCUCUACCGCCAGCGGGGCCCCGGAGGUGGGGCUGCAGGACGUGGCCUCGGAGUCCGUGGCCCUCUUCUUCAUGCUCCUGCUGGACCUGACCGCCGUGGCCGGCAAUGCCGCUGUGAUGGCCGUCAUCGCCAAGACCCCCGCCCUCCGGAAAUUCGUCUUCGUCUUCCACCUCUGCCUGGUGGACCUGCUGGCCGCCCUGACCCUCAUGCCCCUGGCCAUGCUCUCCAGCUCCGCCCUCUUUGACCAUGACCUCUUCGGGGAGGUCGCCUGCCGCCUCUACGUGUUCCUGAGCGUGUGCUUUGUCAGCCUGGCCAUCCUCUCCGUGUCGGCCAUCAACGUGGAGCGCUACUAUUACGUGGUCCACCCCAUGCGCUACGAGGUGCGCAUGACGCUGGGGCUGGUGGCCUCCGUGCUGGUGGGGGUGUGGGUGAAGGCCUUGGCCAUGGCCGCCAUGCCCGUGCUGGGGAGGGUCUCCCUGGAGGAGGGGGUGCCCAGCAUCCCGCCAGGCUGCUCACUCCAAUGGAGCCGCAGUGCCUACUGCCAGCUGUUCGUGGUGGUCUUUGCCAUCCUCUACUUCCUGCUGCCCCUGCUCCUCAUCCUGGUGGUCUACUGCAGCAUGUUCCGGGUGGCCCGCGUGGCCGCCAUGCAGCGCGGGCCGCUGCCCACGUGGAUGGAGACGCCCCGGCAGCGCUCGGAGUCCCUCAGCAGCCGCUCCACCAUGGUCACCAGCUCGGGGGCCCACCAGACCACCCCCCACCGGACGUUCGGGGGCGGGAAGGCGGCCGUGGUCCUCCUGGCCGUGGGGGGCCAGUUCCUGCUCUGCUGGUUGCCCUACUUUUCUUUCCACCUCUACGCGGCCCUGAGUGCUCAGCCCACGUCCACGCGGCAGGUGGAGAACGUGGUGACUUGGAUCGGCUACUUCUGCUUCACUUCCAACCCCUUCUUCUAUGGAUGUCUCAACCGGCAGAUCCGGGGGGAGCUCAGCAAGCAGUUCGUCUGCUUCUUCAAGCAGGCCCCCGAGGAGGAGCUGAGGCUGCCCAGCCGCGAGGGCUCCAUCGAGGAGAACUUCCUGCAGUUCCUGCAGGGGACCGGCUGCUCCACGGAGUCCUGGGUGGCCCGGCCCCUCCCCAGCCCCAAGCAGGAGGCCGCGGCUGUGGACUUUCGAAUCCCAGGCCAGAUAGCUGAGGAGACCUCUGAGUUCCUGGAGCAACAACUCACCAGCGACAUCAUCAUGUCAGACAGCUACCUCCGCCCGGCCCCCUCGCCUCGGCCUGAAUCCUGACGGGCCGCUGGACUUGCGGAGGGAGGUGGGGCCGGGCCGGUCAGGGCUGCAAGGAGCGUUAGUGUUUUCUGGUUUGGGAACAGAGCCAACAGGAUGGACAUGUCUGCUUUGGACAUGGCUGUGAUCCUUGACUACUGGGGGAGGGGACCUGGUGAGAUGGUGACGAGAGUCAAGGGUCACGAAGGACUGGCCUCCCUGAUCUCUCUCCUCAUGGCCGUGACCCACCUCCAGCCCCUGGACCAUCGGGUACAGAGACCAAGGUUGGGAAUGGGUUGGUCGGGUGGGGUUUCCGUGGUCCAUUAAAUGCCUCCCUGCUCCCAUUCAUCGCUCUCAAAAUUAGCUUCAGUAACAAAGACUUAAAUCUCUCUCCUAUCGGCAGCCCUGGGUUGGAGAGAGGGCACAGGAGUGGGGCUCAGCUGUUCACUGGUUGAGACUGUAGGAACUGUGUUGGUUGGCAUUGGUGGCGGUAUUCUCACGGGCGGGGGACAUCAUUGCAGACUGGACAGGGCAUCCACCUGGGACUACUUGUCCAUCCACUUCCCUCAGCCGAAUCAGGUAACAUGACAGGGUGGAGGCAGGACCAAGGGGGUGGUGUGGUCUGUAUUUGAACA